UAUAAUGCUUCCAAAAAUCACGACAUCUUGCUUCACCAUUAAGGUAAAGAGUAUACACAUAUAAUUAUCAAUUUUAACCCAAUUUUCUUGUUAAAAUCUCUGCUAUAUAUAUGGAGUUUGAAAGUUUUGGCAUAAUAUUUGCUGUAAGCGCUCUAGGUUUGAUCUCUCUUUUGAAGUUGUUGAUCAGUUUUGUGAGGUGGGUAUGGAUCAUGUUCUUGAGACCCCCAAAGAAUCUCAAGGAAUACGGCUCAUGGGCUAUGAUAACUGGCCCCACAGCCGGAAUUGGCAAAGCCAUCGCCUUUGAGCUUGCCUCAAAGGGCCUCAACCUUGUUUUGGUAGGUCGAAACCCUUCGAAACUCGAAGCCACUUCCGCGGAAAUACGACGUGAUCAAGUCGUCCAAGUGAAGACGGUUGUCAUUGAUUUGGCCAAGUCUAAUGCUGAGGAAAUAGCUCGAGUUAUAGACGACGAAACGAGAGGAUUAGACGUCGGAGUUGUGAUUAACAACGCGGGAUUAGCGUACCCUUAUGCGAGGUUCUUUGACGAGGUUGAUUCGGAUUUGAUGGAGAGUAUCAUGAAGGUGAACAUGGAAGCGCCCACGUGGAUCACGUGGUCAGUUCUUCCGAGAAUGCUCGAGAAGAAGAAAGGUGCCAUUGUCAACAUUGGCUCUGCCUCUUCUGCUGUUGCUCCUUCUUACCCUCUAGUUACCGUUUAUGCUGCUUCCAAAGCAUACCUCGCCAUGUUCUCAAGAAGCACGAGUGUAGAGUACAAGCAAAGCGGAAUUGACAUCCAGUGUCAGAUUCCACUAUUUGUGGCGACAAAGAUGACAAAGCUAAAAGCAAAAUCCUUCUUCAUCCCAUCGCCAGAAGCAUAUAGCAGAGCAAGCGUAAGAAGCAUAGGCUAUGAAAUUGUCUGCGCGCCUUAUUGGUUUCACUCUGUGCAAUGGUUCAUAUCAGAUCUGUUGCCUGAUGCGUUACUCAACUGGUGCCUGUUUUCCUACUUUCUUGGGAUGAGUAAGAGAGCAAAACUUAAGGAAUCUCAGAAAAUCAAAAAGUUUCAGCAGCAGUAAAAACUACACAGUUGUAUAUUAAUGCUAAAUACG